AUGCCGAGCGGACCCAAGUCGAAUAAGUUUAUGAACCGCCACGCGGCGGAGGCUCGUGAGCGUGAUCAGGAGCGCCAGGCGAACGUGAAGGCGGCGCGCGAGCAGGCACGGGAAGACGCCAAGUGGGUGGAGAAUGAUCCAAAGGAGCUGAAGAGGCAGGCCAGGCAGCGCGAGGUGGAGGAGAAGGCGCGGAGGCAGGAUGAAGUGAGGGCGGAGCGUAAGGAACAGCUGGAGCAGGAGGAGCAGGAGUUAAGCGAAAAGGUACCGCAGAAGGUUACGCGGCGGCAGAUUCAAAAGGACCUAUCAAAGCUGCUAAAAGACUACGACAAGGGAAAGGAGAAUGAGCGCCAGCAGCAGUCAGGGGCUCUUGUCAAUAAUGUAGACGCCGCGCUCCCGGAGAGCAAUCCAAACCGGGCGGCGAAGAAUGAGGUUAGGAAUAGCAGUAGUGACAUUAAGGCAAGCGGUGGAGUCACAGAGGUGCUUUCAGCAUUGCAGUCUGGCAUGCGGUCGGGUGCUGUGCCUCUGCAGGAGGAUCGCCACAUUGGCAAACGUGCACGCGUUCUUUACCGGCAAUUCUGCGAGGAACAUAUUCCCACGCUGCGAGAGGAGAAACCCAGGCUGCGCCGCACGCAGUACGAUGAGCUGCUGUGGGAGAUGUGGCAGAAGAGUCCAAUGAACCCCUUUGUGCAGCGCAGUGAGCAGCGGUCGAAGGAGCGCCUUGAGCAGGAGCGCCGAUGGAUGGAGGCGGACGACGAUGAUGAAAGUGAGGAUGAUGACGAAGGGAAGAGGGACUAA